ACUGUAUACAACACUGAUGUCUCAUAUCAAAUGUAACCAAUCUGUAGAAAAGACUUUACAACCGGAAAAAAGAAGCAAUGCACACACUUAUGUAAAACAAGAAAAUCUUUAUUUAUAAAAAAAAACCCAACCACUGCAACACUCUGUUGCAAGUCUCACAUGUGUACAACUAAUUACUCUUUCUUGAGUUCAUUGAAAAAACCAGGGAGUUUCCAAAGAAGAGGGUAUAGCUGUCCACACAUGAAACUUUGCAAAUGCAGCCAACACAAGAUUUAUGCUUUGCCCAGAGUCAUUAGGGGUUUAUUUCAUUUAUUUUUAUUUAGUGCUGGAACUCAAGAUGGCCUAGAAGCCUGCGCUGUCAUUCCAGUAGCUUGGGUGGGUACGGAGCUGUGGCUGCACAGUGGCAGGGAAAAGCCACUCUGCACAUACUCAAAUGCAGUAUUGUUUUUAUUUGUUUACAAUCAUUUACACAUCACCUGUCCAGGUAACAACUUUCUAUGGUGGCUUAUACUAUGAUUAAGAAGCAAUUAAAAUAAGCAUCAAAGAGUAAAUCUACAGAAAAAAAUCUAGGCAUUAGCCUAGACCAGACUUUCCCAACACAUUGUCCUCCAGCCUAGUCUUUCUGCAUGCCCUUCUGAUCUUAACUAAUUAUGGGCCAGAGAGCAGGACUGCCAAAGCCAAUUUCAGUGCUUAGGCAACUUCACAUAGCCCUAAGCAGUCCUUCAGAUGAUGCUGUUUGGGGCUUUACAGUUCAGCACUUCCAUUGUCUUCCUCAAUUUCUGCACUUUUAGUUCACCUUUGCAGAAAAUUGCUCUUUUGAGCACAAACCCUGCCCAAGUUGAAAAUGCUCCUUAUUGCACCACUAAUGUGAAGGCACCCCCAGAACUCUCAAGGGUUCUGCUGUGGACAGGCUGGCAGGAGCAUCCCAAUGCCAAGUCAUUCCACCCAGGGCCCGCCGCCAACCAGUGGGGCUAAAGAUUAAGGAAGACAAUGCUUUCCCUUCAGGCCUUGACAGCUCUAAGCUUGUGCGGAGUCCACUGGGUGCCUCCAAAAAUGCUGUGUGUGUGUCCUACAAGCAGAGCCAGCAUUAGCAUGGAGAACUGUUGCCUUCCACAAAUUCUGUCCUUCUUCCAAUACGGUUCUCAUGACUUCUCAUGUACAGACCCAGCUAUGCAGAGUGCAACUCCCAAAGCUGUCAGUAACAUUCCCAGUGCUGCCCCUAAAGAAAAAAAAUUUGGAAAAAUAAGCAAAAGCUCUGAAAGUGCUCCCUGUUGCUAUCCACUUCAAUGAAACUUGCUCAUGGAAGAGAGGUGCAUAUAACAGGAUUAUAUGCAAAUCCUGUUAGCUCUCUAUGAAGAAGGGCACAGCUGGAGCGGACAGGGUUGGCAUCUGCUCAGGAAAAGAGAGACCUACUUGCACCGCCAAUGUCUUCUCCAAGAACCUUCCCUGUUGCUAAUGUGAACAUCAGAGCCAGAGAGUUACAAAGAGGUACAGCCAAGGUCAGGUCUGAAAUGGAAGAGGGAAAGAGUUACCAUUGAAACAUUUGAUCUAAUCAAACAAAUAUGAAAUGGCUCUGUGAUGGGAACAAUCCAUCCUCAAGCAGGAAAGUGCCUGCAGGGAAGAUACUUUCAGACUGACCUAUGAUAGUGCAGUCCCUUGAGUAAGUGAAGGAGAUUGCAGAGAUGUGGGGCUUAAUAAAGCAACAGGUUUUAGGGUUUUUACACUUAACAGAGUUACUAUAAAAAAAGUAAAUCCAGGUUAUAUGCAUGAAAAAUGUGCUGGUGUUUGUGCCAGAAAUGUCAUGUGGACACUGCAAAAAAAACAAAAAAAAAACCUGCAUGUGUUUGACCCUGCAGAAGCCAGAGCCCAGUACGAAAAGAGUAUUACAACUGAUUAAUGACUUUGGUCGGGUGGCUGGAUUUAAAUUAAAUAAACAGAAAACCAAGGUUUUGGGGAAAAAUUUGACAGAUACAGAGUCAGAACGGUUUCAGAAUGAGACGGAACUUAAUGUGGUUAAAAAGUAAAAUACCUAGGGGUAAAUAUAACAGCAAAAUUCUAAGUCUAUUUAAGGACAACUAUGAAAAAUGCUGGACAGAAAUUAAGAGAGACUUAGAUAGUUGGUCAAAAUUGAAACUUUCUUUGUUAGGCCGAAUUGCUGCUAUUAAGAUGAAUGUAUUGCCAAGGAUGUUGUUUUUAUUUCAAACACUUCAGGUUUUGGACAAACGGAGUGCUUUCAGAAGUGGCAGAGAGAUAUUUCUAAGUUUGUCUGGCAGGGCAAAAAGCCCAGAAUUAAGUUUAAGAUAUUAACUGAUGCAAAACAAAGAGGGGGCUUUGCCCUGCCAGACUUAAAGUUGUAUUAUGAAGCCGCAGCGUUCUGCUGGCUAAAAGAUUGGCUACUCCUUGAAGACACUGAUGUGUUGGACCUGGAAAGGUUUAAUAAUGUUUUUGGAUGGCAUGCAUAUUUAUGGUAUGACAAGGUUAAAGCAAAUAAGGCCUUUAAGAACCAUAUUGUCAGAAAAUCACUGUUUAAUGUCUGGACAAAAUAUAAAGACUUGCUGGAAAAUAAAACUCCCAGGUGGCUUUCACCACUAGAAGCUAAGGCCCGAAAAGACCCAAUAUGGAGGCUAAAUGGCCAAAAUACUGGGAAAUACUAGAAAAGGAUGGAGACAAUUGGAAAUUGCAGAGUUUGGAGAAAAUGAAAGACAAAGUGCGAGAUUGGUUACAUUACGCUCAGAUUAAAGAAGUUUUUAAAAAUGAUAAGAAAUUAGGGUUCCAGGUGGAGAAAUCGAAACUAGAAACAGAAUUGUUAGAACCAAAGAUUAAGGUACUAUCAAGGAUGUAUAACUUGCUGUUAGAAUGGAAUACACAAGAUGAAACGGUUAAAUCGGCUAUGAUAAGGUGGGCACAGGACAUUGGGUAUAAUAUUAUGUUUGAGGACUGGGAAAGGUUGUGGAGUAAUGGAUUGAAAUUUACUGCAUGUAACGCUUUGAAAGAGAAUGUAAUGAAAAUGAUUUAUAGAUGGUAUAUGACCCCAGUCAAACUUGCAAAAAUUUACCACCUGUCUGACAAUAAGUGUUGGAAAUGCAAAGAGUGUGAGGGAACUAUUUUCCACCUCUGGUGGACUUGCCCUAAAGUGAAGGCGUUCUGGGAAAUGAUUUAUAAUGAAUUGAAAAAGGUAUUUAAAUAUACCUUCACUAAGAAACCAGAGGCUUUCCUUUUGGGUAUUGUCGGCCAAGGGGUGGCAAGGACGGACCAGACAUUUUUUAUGUAUGCAACAACAGCAGCAAGGAUACUUCUCGCAAAAUACUGGAAAACUCAAGAUCUACCCACACUGGAAGAAUGGCAGAUGCAACUGAUAGACUACAUGGAACUGGCUGAAAUGACCGGCAGAAUUCGUGACCUGGGAGAAGAGAGGAUAGAGGAGGAUUGGAAGAAAUUUAAGAAUUAUCUACAAAAACAUUGUAAUUUGAGUGAAUGCUAAAUAAGAUGCUAGACUAAAACAACUGAGCACCACUAAAUUUAGAAUUUUCAAGAAAACAAGUAAGAUUGUGAAAACUUAACUCCUUUCGAGAAUUAUAAGAUUAUGAAAUAUAGAAGGGAUAUAAGAAUUUAAAUAAGAUGAUAAAUUGCUGAUAAAAUGUUAUAACGAUGAAAGUGGGAGCGGGAGAUGUGAGGAAGUCCAAAGAAAAUGUGAAACUAUGUUAAGACAAAUGUUAUAUUGUUUAUUAUGUUUAUUUUUAUUGUAAAACCCAAUAAAUUGCUUUAAAAAAAAAAAAAAACCUGCAUGUGGGAGGAGCCCCAAUCCCACAAUAAACACAGAAAAGCCACGGUGAUUCUGGCUCUGUCUACACAUGCAGCAGAAUGAAGUGGUAGAAUGUGCAGGUGACAGAGUGAAUGAUACCACUUCAGGCUGUAGGUGAGGGGUGUUGUUUUUGAAUGCUCCCCUUGUGAAAAGCAUUCUGUCAGUAAACAAGCAAAAAAUUGAGCAGGUUCUAAGCAAGCUCACUUCUUGUUGAGUUGGCUCUCUUUGCAGGUUUGUUAGUGUUUUUACACAGGGGAGCAUUCAAAAAUGGCUCCCCCCCCCCACUCGCAGUAUGUUCUAUUUGAAACUGGGCCACAAAACAGUAAUCAAGACUUGGAAGUGUCUGCAUCUCUUCCCCAAAUAUCACUCACAUCCUCUAUAAGCAGUAAUUAAGGACCAACCUGUAGAUGCUAAAGUAAGAUAGUAGACAAAAGAGCCACACUGGUUGAGCACAAAUGGCACCACGUACUGCAAAAAUGAAAAAUAACAGCAUGGUCAGACCUCCAGGAUUACUGGAUUUGAAAUGACAAUGAGCUGCAAUGAGAUCCUGAAAAGACCUUAGCUGCUAAUACCCCAUUUCAGGCUACUGCAGUGUUCUUCAUACAUGGUUCCCCAGCUGUUGCUGACCUACAGUUCUGCAGCCCACUUAAUAAAUAGUGAGGGCUGAUGGGAGUUGUAGUCUAACUUCUGGGGAACCAAGAUUGAAGAACAAUGGUCUGCUGUAAUGUGUUGUAAUUGGGGCUAUUUUUGUUAAUAGCUGCAACUGAUUCAAAAUAUGGCAAAUACAAUUUUAACUGGAAUGAGUCACUGGAAACAAAGUACGGUAUAUCAAUUCUGAAAGUUCUUCACUGGCUACCAGUUCCUUACCAGCCCAAUGCAAGGUGCUAGUUUCAACCUUUAAAGCCCUUUACAGCUUAGGACAGGCAUCCCCAACCUUCGGCCCUCCAGAUGUUUUGGACUACAAUUCUCAUCAUCCCUGACCACUGGUCCUGUUAGCUAGGGAUCAUGGGGGUUGUAGGCCAAAACACCUGGAGGGCUGCAGGCUGAGGAUGAAUGGCUUAGGAUCUAGGCAUCCUAAGAACCACCUACUCUCAUGUCACCUCCAAAAGCAAGUAGCAUCCCACCCAGUAGUUCUCUGCAGUGUUCCCCCACAUCAGAAACCUGACAGGUGGUAACAACAGUGAGCUUUUUCAUCUGUGGUGCCUCAGCUGUGAAGCACCCUCCCUUGCUUCAUGUUUACUUUACUAUCUUAUGUACCAAGUUAAAACAUUUUUACUCUCAGGCAUUUAAAGAUCUGAUGUUUUAAAUUUUUGUGUUGCUAGAAAAUUUGUCUACUUUGUUGUUUUAUGAUUGCAAUGUUUUAGUAAUCUUUUGAACCACCAUCUAUUUUACUACACAUGCAUUUACUGUAGUUUAUUGUACCGUGUUUUAAAUUGUACCUUGAAUUGCCUUAUGAUACCAUUUUAUGAAAGGCAACAUACAAAUCUCUUGAAUAAAUAAGUACAUUUUAUUUCUGCUUGAGUCCAAGGCUGUUGCUGUGGGAAAAGCCCUCUCGGGCUAUUGAUGCUGUGAAUCCCUCCAUCAUAGGCUUAGGUUGUAUAUACGUGUAAAGAGACCAGGCAUCAUAGACACCAGAGUCUCUGCGGUGCCUCAUUUCCAAAACGAAACACGAACCCUGGGUAAGCACCUGGACCCCCUGGGAAUCUAACACCACUUAGAGAUUGGAGUGGUGUGCAACAAUACCUUAUAAUUGAGGCAAAGGAAUUUAAUUUCUGCCAGCAGCUGUAGAGUUCUGCUCUCUCUCUUCACUCGCUCCAGACCCUCAGUUCCUCUUUUCAAAAAUGGAUUGGUUCCUCCCCAAAGAACUGCCACCAAGACCAAAGCAGCAACUUCACCUGCAACAACACAGCACUCUAAUCCCUACAGUCAAAGAAUUGUUUUCAAGAAUUUUUCAAUGCAUGAGUUAGGGAAUGAUUCAAGGUUCAGCGUCUAACAGUUCCCCAGCACCAACACCUUUUGACGUGCUACCAGAGCCCCCACACCCGUAAGACUUCCAACAGCAUAAACUACAGCAUCAAUAUAUGAGGUGAUGGGAAGCCCUAGAUCAAAGGUGGUGAACCUGUGGUCCUCCAGAUGUCCCUGAACUAGUUCCCAUCACUGCAGACCACCAACCCUGCUGGCUGGCGCUGAUGGGAAUUGGGAGUCUGCAGGGCUGCAGGUUCCCCAUCUCCACUUGAGAGCAGGGGAGGGGGGAGAAAAAGAGAAACUGAUGCUGAACUUGGUGUGGACCCCUCGUUUUCUGGUAACAAAUCGCAGACACUUCCCCCUCCCCGCCUCAAAACUUGUUUCCCAGUCUUUGUAAAUAAUAACCCUUUGAUGACGGAAGAGAUUUCAAAAUCAGUUUCAAAGCAGGCAGGGCGAGCCUGUGACCAUCCUGAUUGGCCAUGCAGGCUACGGCUGGCGGGCAGAACGGCGGCCUGCAAAUAAAUAGAUCGAAGACCAUCGCAAGUCUUCGCCUUACUCAGAAGGAAUCCCUCCCUCCCGAUUAAGAGGGCCUCGUUCCGAGGUCACCGUCCCCCCACCCGGCCUUUAUUUCUGUGGCACCGGAAAUAACUUCCUCACCCGGCGACACCAUGGCGACAGACCGGACCACAGUCGAGCAAGAGGCUAGAGAGACGCGCAGCCUGGUUUUCCGGUACAAAACGGAAGUCGGCCAUUGACAAUCUCUUUGGCCGAAGACGGGGCGUCGCUCUCUCUUCCUAGCUCUGUGGUCGGCCAACGCCUGGCCCUGGGAGGUUCCUCGCCCUCCCCAGUGGCUCAGGCGCUUGUGACGUCCCUCCAGUGAACUGUACAGUACCUAUAUUUCCGACCUGCUAGAGAAGGAGCGCGCGAGGGGGGAACCAUAGAGGAGAGAGCUCUAGAACGGAUUGUUAUUCUUUUCACCGCAUAGAUAGAACGAGACUAGGAUCUUUGUUCCCCUUCUGCGUGUGUGUGUUUGUGAUCUUCUUCCGUGACGCACCCUCCCUGCAUACGGGGAAUACUCAAACGGAAACCAAGCUUUGGAUGCACCUCUCUCUCCUUUUCCUAUCUCUAUAAUUCCGCUGUCGAGCUUUUCCUUCCGGUUUGAUGCCGGAAGUGGAUCCUCUACCUUUUUCGCUCGUGGUGCCGUUCCUGUUCCCGGUGGCGUCUCUUCACCGCAGCCAUGGUAAGACUCCCUUUCUCCCUCGAAUUAGGUUUCUUAAUUGACCCGGGCGUUGUUUCGCUGCCUGUGCGCUUUACCUGUAGGCCUGUAUAGGCCGCACUGGGGGUUGUUUUCAUGCUUGUUUCUUUCGAGCCCCGCGCAGAAACGAGACGCGUGUCCGUGGGCGCGCACGACACUUUCGGAAGCCGCCACACCCCAAAUCCAGGCUGCCUCCUUGUCUUGUUGAUAUUCUCCCCCCUACCCACAAACGCCGACACACCCUUUUAUCCAAAAACCCGCCCCUUUCCUUGCUCGGUAGGUUUAAAAAGUAGUAAUGGCCGAACUCUGUUUCCUCUACAAGGCAGAGACGAGGGAGACAGAGCGCCUUGCGAUGUUGUUAAGAUGACAGUUUUCUCCUUCCUUCCCUCCCCGCCCUCACCCCCUUCGCUUGCCUAACCGAAAUGGCCUUAUUCGAGAGAACUUCAUAUUGCAGACCCUGUGCUUGGAGACUUAAGUUGAUUGUAGUUAUUUGUGGUUUUAGUGACUAAUGUUCAGCUCAGCAACUAAGCUGAGGAGCCACCUUAUUUUUAUGAUUUGAAAGUUGUUUUAAACUUCAUUUAAUGUUGUAACCCACCCUGAGACCUUAGGUUAAAGGGUGGGUAAUUAAUAAUAAGGAAUAUGUGAUUUAAUAAUACAUUUCUUCACAGAAACCCAUAUUGUUGCAAGGCCAUGAGAGAUCAAUUACUCAGAUCAAAUAUAACAGGGAAGGAGACUUGUUAUUCACAGUAGCCAAAGAUCCGGUAUGUUUUCCUUGAACUGUUCUUUUCUACACCUUUCUCACAGUUGCAUCUUCUUGCUGCCUUUAAAAAGUAUACAUUGUUGCCUGUUUAGCAUAUUAUUUUCUCUUGUCCUUUUGAAGGCAAAUAUUUUGUUGUUUUGUAGUUAACCAUAUAAACAGUUCUCCCAGUACUUCCCCCUCACCAAAAUUCAGUGCACACUUGUUUGCUUCUCACAAGCCAUUAAGUAGUCAAUAAAUUGUCCAAAAUCAAGUAGACUAGAGGAUGGUAAUUUUGUUCUUGUCUUUCUGUUUUGGGUGCAUUUUCAUAAUAUGAUUAUUCUUCUUUUAUCAGAUUGUUAAUGUUUGGUACUCUGUCAACGGGGAGAGACUCGGCACAUACAGCGGACAUACUGGCGCAGUCUGGUGUGUGGAUGCUGACUGUAUCCUUUGAUUUUAGAAAUCAGUGUAUUUGUGACCCUUUUUCAAGUAUUAAGUUGAGAUACUUUUGAGAGACUUUGCAGCUGGAGUGAGCAUUUCAGAGAGUAGUGGAGGCAUAGCCAAUAUGGUGUCCUCUGGAUAUUUCUGUAUUCCCAGCUCCCUAUAUCCUUGACCAUUGAUUGGCCGUUCUGGCUGGAGCUGAUGGGAGCUGAGUCCAGCAACAUGGGCACUUCAUUGGCUACUCCUGGAGUAGUGGCUGGGUCUUACAUUAAUGCUGCUGUUACUUUUGACCACUAAUUCUGGUAGAGUAGCUGCCUGUACCAUCAAAGUGACAAGGGUCGUAGUGCUUGACUUUCACAGACAAUAACCUAAUUCAUCAGAUGCAUGAGUUUGACUAAGAGGCUAAUGAUUUAGUACAAAUACAAAUAUGACUUUGAACAUAUUAGCAGAUGGUAAGAAUAACCCUAAGAACACCUACUUUUUAAAGAAUACAGAUUGGUUAAAAGAAACUCCCUGGAUUCUUAGAUUCAUAUGAAAGAUGUUGAGGUUUUGCCCCAGACACCUGACAGCACAAGGUUGGAUGACCCAUGUUUUGGAAUUCAUUCAGUAUGGAUACUUGAAGCUGUGUAGUAAGUCAUAUCCACCUCUUUCUGUAAGCUGUACAUAAUUGCGUUGGGUUUCCUUGACUGCUCCUAUAGGGGAUACGAGGCACGUGCUGACAGGCUCUGCAGACAACAGCUGCCGGCUCUGGGACUGUGAGACAGGUAGAACCUCAAACAAAAUCUUUUGUGGAGUAAUGGGAGCUCUGUGUGCAGUGAGGCAGGGUGGAAGAUGGCCGAGGCUGAUGGGAGUUGUAGUCCAGAACAUCUGAUGGGUGCCAGGUUGGGAAAGGCUUGAUUAAAAACUUAUCAACCUGAGACUGACUUGGGAGAAGGUUCCACUGGAAUUCAUUUGGUCUUGCCUUUGGGUAAACGUGUAGGAUUGAACUCUAAGCUUGGCAGGCGCUUAUUUGGCAAUAAGAGGUGGGCUGCAGCUCACUGGGUUUGCAUCAGUAAGAUACCAGCAUCCAGCCCUCAGCAUCUCUGGUUCAAAAGCCUCUGGUAGCAGAGCUGGAAAAGCUCUCUGUCCCCAAUCACCCUACUCCUGUGCCUGAGGCCUUGGAGAACUGGUCAGAGCUGACGGACCUGGUAUGCAGAGAUUUUCGCACCUUCCUUCAAGCUCUUUUUAUGUGUGAUGUCUUUUGUCUUAGGGAAGCAGCUUGCUCUGGUCAAGACCAACUCAGCCGUGCGUACCUGCGGCUUCGACUUUGGAGGGAAUAUCAUCAUGUUUUCCACAGACAAACAAAUGGGCUACCAGUGUUUUGUGAGCUUCUUUGACCUCCGUGACUCCAGCCAGAUUGGUGAGGUCACCAGGUGGAGGGCUCAGGGUUGGGAUGGGUGGCUGUCUCCCUUGCCCUUUGGCAUCUCUCUCACCCGUUUUUGCAUUGUCUACAGAGGACAACGAGCCAUACAUGAAGAUCCCCUGUAGUGAUUCCAAAAUCACCAGCGCUGUUUGGGGUCCCCUUGGGGAAUAUAUCAUUGCGGGACAUGAGAAUGGGGAGUUGAACCAGUUCAGUGCAAAGGUUAGUGUGGGUUGAAACUGUGAGCUGCAGCUGAUAACCAAAUGACAAACCACAUCCAGCCACUUGGAUGAGGAUUCUUUUUUCUCCAAUGUGCUUUGCAGUCCUGUUGAAUUAUGAUUAUUCUCCCCUGACUUUUUUUUUUAAAGAGGAACUUGGAUGAGUUGUUGUUUUUAAGUUUAAUGUUUUAUAUUAUUUUUCUCUUUUUUAUUGUGUAAGCUGUUUUGGAUGGGCUUUGCUCAGAAAAGCAGCCAAAAAAUGCUUUAAAAUAAAUAUUGUUUACCAUUAUAACCACCUUCUGAGGUAAAUUAGAUAGAAAGGGAAUGAUUAUCUGAAGGCCAUCCCAUGAGCUUCAGUUAGGGGUCACUAAUUCUAACAGUUACCGUAGUAAUUCUGUUCUGUAAGAUUGGUGCUAAUGACAACUGCUAUAACUGUAGUAGCUAACAAUGUGAGCUGGUUGACAUCUUUUACCUGAGCCCUUCCCUGUCUGCAGUACGGCGAUGGUAAUACUGUCCCAUCUUACAAGAUUGUUGUAUGAAUUAUUGAGCCAUAUGUGAAAUGCAUUGAACACUGUAAAUAUGUUCUAUUAGUGUUACUGUUGUUGUUAUAUUCAGAACUUGAGAAAGAUGUGGUUUCUCCCUCCAUUGGUCUGGAGGCGCUCAGUUUCCUUCACCUCUUUCCUCUCUUAGUCAGGAGAGGUCCUCAUGAACGUCAAGGAGCACACCAAACAGAUCAAUGACAUUCAGACCUCUCGAGACAUGACCAUGUUCAUCACUGCCUCCAAGGAUAACACUGCCAAGGUGAGUCCUGCAUCUUUCCCUGAUUUGCCCUCUUAAGUGUGGAAUUUGGGAUUGGUGAGCGAUUGUCUUGGCACUGUGUGCGAAACUCAUUAGUAGCCACUGAGAGGUAAAAAGUUCACCUCGAAAGGAAGCUUCUCAUACUCCCCAUCCAUGUUUUAGUUCACUAGGAAGUGCUGGAAUAGAAGGCUUUUAUGAAUAGGUUCCACGUCCACUGUUGGAGGCAGUACACCUCUGACACCCCGUUGCUAAGAAUCACAGGUGGAGGGAGUACUCUUGUGCCUGAGUCCUGCUUGCAGGCUUCCCAUUUGGGCAUCUGGUUGGCCACUGAACUAGAUGCGCCAUUGGCCUGAUCCAGCUGCCAGGCUCUUAUGUUUGAUAUGGCACAAGAGCUGCUUGCACCAAAUAUCAGUUUCCUGGUUUGGAAUUGGUGGCACAGCCUGGGACUCCUGUCUCAGCUGGCCAAAGGACUGAAGAUUGCUUAAAGCAGUGUAAUAAAUCAGCGCAUGUCAUAAUACACCAUCAUGCAGAAGAAGCCCUCCUUGACUUCUAAGGCCACUGCGAUGGGCUACCUGCUGCCGUUGCUAUUAGGUGAUCUCCGCAGUGACUGAGAAGUCUGCUUUGUGUGCUCGGCUGGUUAGACAUGAUGCUGUGGCAUUCCCAGGGCAGGCGACUGGGACCUUUCCUAGGACUCUGAUGCUUUGUGUCUUUUAAAAGAUGCUUGUGCUAAGAAGGCUUCUGCCAAUUCACUUCUUCCUCUGCAGCUGUUUGACUGCACGACGCUUGACCACCUGAAGACGUUUCGGACAGAGCGGCCAGUGAACUCCGCAGCCCUCUCCCCCAUCUUUGAUCAUGUAUGUUGGUGGGCCAGAUGGGGCACCUCUCCCUUGCCCUGGGGCAUCCCCACCCGUCCUCCUAGACAUUCAUAGAAUCCCAGAGGCUUGUGGAGGAUCUUCCCUAUGUGACACAGAGAUACUAGACUCUAUGUUACCUUUUGAAUAUAUGCUGUUGGUUAUGCAUUGCCUCCUUGGCAGCUCCACCUGGCUUCAGUAGGAUUGUGUAGGUGUGAUGUGACAAUACACUGAGAGGUGGCGGGGCAAGACUCGAGAGUGAGAGAGCAAACAGGGAGCAUUGGCUGGGCUUCCCUAUUUCCCUACCCCUUGGAGACACUCAGAUGGGCCAGAGCUUAGAGUAUUGAUUAUCAUCCCUGUUGUCUGGUUGCUGGGAGAGUUCCUAGAAUUCAGGUGGGCACUGGAACAUCAGUAUAUUAUUUAUUUAUGUGUUUAAGUAUUUAUUUAUUAUUAAACUUAUUGGUCGCUUUUUAAAAAACCAAAGUUACCCACAGCGACUUACAACAAUAAAUAACACAUACAUUAAAACCAGCAUUAAACAGAACAGGAAAAAACACUGAAACACAUUCAUAUUUUUUAAAAAGGCCUAUUUUUAAAAUGCCCCACCCACUGAAGGAGGUCACAGAUAAUUAAAAGCCAAGGGCCUGGUGGAAGAGACAUGUUUUUUCUCUGGCACCUGAUGGUAUGUAAUGAUUGGGGGGUGGGGAGCAUUCCACAAGCAGGGAGCCAGCACUGAAAAAGGCCUCUUGCAUGUUGCCACCCUCCAGACUUCCUGCGGUAGGGCCCCAUGGAGAAGGGCCUCCGAUGAUGAUUGUAAGGUCUAGGUCAGCUCAUAUGGGGAGAGGUGGUCCUUGAGGUAUAGGGGUCCUAAGACACACAAGACUCUAGCACUAGCUGCAAUUUCUGAAGCACCUUCAAAAGCAGCCCCAUGUACAAUGCAUUGCAGUAAUCUAAUCUAGAGGUUACCAGACUGUAGACAGAAGUUAGGCUAUCCUUGGUCAGUAUGUUUUGCUGUGUGGUAGAGAGCGAAGACAUCGUGUAUUGGGCUCUGAGUCCUUGGUCCAUUAACACAUUACAAAGGAGUGUGUGACUGAGGUGUUCUCUCCCCACCCCCCAUUUCCUCUUUGGCAGGUGGUGUUGGGUGGUGGACAGGAGGCCAUGGAUGUGACGACCACUUCCACCAGGAUUGGCAAGUUUGAGGCCAGGUGAGCAAAUUAUGGCUUCUCCUAUUCCUGCAAGAGGGUGAUGGGGGCGAUGCAGUCAAUUCCCCAAGCAACCAGUAGGCAAUGGUUACCUCUUCAGUGAGGUAUGUUGAAGAUAUUCUCAUCAUCAAAAUCUGGGCUCUGCUGCUUGUAUCUCACUGCCUUUUCCUUUGUGGUUCUAGGUUCUUCCACCUGGGUGUUGAGGAAGAGUUUGGGAGAGUCAAGGGCCACUUUGGCCCUAUUAACAGUGUCGCUUUCCACCCUGAUGGAAAGAGGUAAGGGUGUCCAUCUCCCUGCAUUCUAAGUGGGUGUGCAUCUCACCAGGGUCAAAUCUGGAACUCCUGGAAUUGAAUCUAUAACUUUGUUUCUGCUUUGUUUUUGCUUUCAGUUACAGCAGUGGUGGAGAGGACGGCUAUGUUCGCAUCCAUUAUUUUGAUCCCCAGUACUUUGAAUUUGAGUUUGAAGUUUGAACCAGCCCCAUCCUCCUCCCCUUUCUACAGUUGCCUUCUGGAUCUCUGUCUGUUUCUAAGGAGGUUUAGUGGAGAUGCACAGACUGAAGCAGAGAACAGUGCACUAGAACUGCUGCUGUGUUCUGGGGAAAUGCGAGAAUGUCCAGCUUCUUGUCUGUUCUUGGGAACAGCUGCUUCCUGCCAUGCUUGGCAUAUUUAUAAAAGUUAUACAGAAGGAAAUAAUAAAUCCUCACUCUUGUUUCCAGCUACAGUAGGAGUGUGUUUGAAUUUCUUAGCUGCUUAUUUCUUUGUUACU